AUGGUGGCAGUGGUGUCAGCCCUCAGCAGUCUGGGGGUGCCCGAGGCCAAUGUUGGGAGCCAGGAGGAGGAGGAGGAGGAGGAGGAAGAAGAAGGGGAAGAGGAGGAAGAAGAAGAGGAGGAGGAGGCGGAGUGCAGCCCAGCUGCGGCAGCAGCAGCGGAGCGGAGGCGGGAGGAGAUGCUGCGCCGGUUCCAGGAGCUGCGCAUGAAGCGGAAUGAGGCCUGCAAGCUGAACAGAGAGGAGGUGGUGGAGGAGGACAAAAGGCUGAAAUUGCCCCCAAACUGGGAAGCUAAAAAAGCCCGGCUGGAGUGGGAGCUGCAGGUGCAGGAGAAGAAGAAGGAAUGUGUUGCCAGGGGGCAGGACUACAAGCUGGUGAAGCUGCUGGAGAUCAGUGUGGAGGACGCCGAGCAGUGGGAGAGGAAGAAGAGGAAGAAGAAAAAUCCCGACCUGGGGUUCUCAGAUUAUGCAGCGGCACAGCUGCGCCAGUACCAGAGGCUGACCCGGCAGAUCAAACCUGACCUGGAGCAGUACGAGAAGCUCAAGGAGCAGUAUGGGGAAGCCCUGUACCCCACCUCAGACAGCCUCCUGCACGGCACCCACGUGCCCUCCAAGGAAGGGGUGGACAGGAUGGUGGCAGACCUGGAGAAACAGAUUGAGAAGAGGGAGAAGUACAGCCGGAGGCGGCCCUACAACGACGAUGCCAACAUCGACUACAUCAACGAGAGGAACGCCAAGUUCAACCAGAAGGCUGAGAGGUUCUAUGGGACAUACACAGCUGAGAUCAAACAGAACCUGGAGAGGGGCACGGCCAUGUGA